AUGGCAGCGCCUGCGAAGCUUCUGCUGCUGCUGCUGCUGCUGCUGCUGGCCUUCUGUUGUAUCGAGCUGCCUUUUGCUCUUUGUGCCGUUGCAUUUGUCUUGGUGUUUGGGAGAUUGUUUGUGCGUUUGACCACCACCAUGGCCAUGGCGCUGCGCACUCUCCGCUCUGCCUCGAUGAAGGCCGUGUCCUUCUCUGCCGUUCGUGCUGCCAGCACUGAGGCCGCAGCCCCCAAGAUGAAGUCCUUCUCCAUCUACCGCUGGGACCCCGAACGUCCCGGCGAUAAGCCCCGCAUGCAAGAGUACUCCAUCGACAUGAACUCGUGCGGCCCCAUGGUUCUGGAUGCUUUGAUCAAGAUCAAGAACGAACAGGACCCGACUCUGACCUUCCGUCGCUCGUGCCGUGAAGGCAUCUGUGGCUCGUGCUCCAUGAACAUCGAUGGUACCAACACCCUGGCUUGCCUGUGCCGCGUCACCACCGAGUCUUCCUCCGCCAUGAAGAUCAACCCCUUGCCCCACAUGUACGUGGUCAAGGAUCUGGUUCCGGAUAUGGCCAACUUUUACCAGCAGUACCAGGCCAUUGAGCCCUGGCUGCAGACUGAUAAGGCCCCUGAAGACGGACGCGAGUACCUGCAGUCAGUCGAGGACCGCAAGAAGCUGGAUGGCAUGUAUGAGUGCAUCCUGUGCGCUUGCUGCAGCACCUCAUGCCCCUCCUACUGGUGGAACAUGGACCAGUACCUUGGCCCGGCCGCCCUGAUGCAGGCCCGCCGCUGGAUGGCUGACUCGCGCGACGACCGCGCAAAGGAACGCAUGGAGAAGCUUCGCGAUCCCUUCUCCAUGUACCGCUGCCACACCAUCAUGAACUGCACCAAGACGUGCCCCAAGCACCUUAACCCCGGCAAGGCCAUCGCUGAGAUCAAGCGUGACAUGCUCUCCAUGUAAAUGCCCAUCGCCGAAGGAAGUGUCUAGCUGUCCUCACCCUGCCUCGCACAAGCGCGC